UUUCAACACUGGCACCAGAUUUUAAUUGAAAGUUCUUCAUUAAAACAAUACAACUUUACCCCUGCGUAUAUCUUGGCAACAUGUGGUCUCUCUACUUCCUCAUAGCCUUUCUCGCAAUCUCACCCACCAUCGCAAAGAAAUCCUCCAAGCCCUGCCCAACCGUCACAACCACUGCAACUCUCUGCAAAACCUGCGUCGUGCCCGCCUGUCUCACCAUCGAAACAAUUUCCCCCCAGCGAAACUGCCCCUCGAAGGUCCCAACCUCUGGCACAUCAUUCCCCUGCUCCAAGUCAAAGUGUCCCAGUGGCUGCGCGACUUCUUACACCUACGCUUCAGCCUAUGGAACUGUUACUAAGAAGCCUAAGUGUCCUACUGUCACUGAAACAGCUACUAUCUGUUCAGAUUGCAUUAGACCGAUGUGCUUAACCUUGGAGACGGUGAGUUCAGUUUGCGGAUGUCCCGAGUCGCCUGCUACGGUUACGACCAGCUACCCUUGCGGUGAGGAUUGUCCUGUUGGUUGUGGGACAGAGUAUGUUACUCCUACUGUUACGCCGAAUUGUAAGAAGAAUGAGGAUUAGAGGGUGAGGCUGGUGGUGAGCUGUUGUGGUUGGUAAGGGUUAAGGGAUGAUGGCGUGUUUGUGCUAAGGCCUGGAGAAAAGUAUUUGAGACAUGGAAGAAGUGUAAGACAGUUGUGGGAUGUGCCGGUGUAUUGGGUCUGGUGUUAGUCUUUUGAGAAUGUCAACUGAAUGUUACCUAAAUGUAAACCCUUUC